AUGAUUGCUCAUCUACCAAUCCUGAAGAAUCUGGUGACUAUUCUAUCGAUGAACCUGUCGAUGUAUUUGGAUGUUGCAGAUUCUUCUACAUUGCCCUAUGGCUGGAGUCGCUAUGCACAAUUCAGCUUGGCUGUGGUGAAUCAAAUUCACAACAAGUACUCAAUCAGAAAAGUGAUCUGGUUGUCGAGGUCUCACAAGAGUCAAACUGGUUCUAAGGAAUACAAGACACGUGCUGCAGUUGGUGGUGGGAUACUGACUGUAGGUGGUUGUAGAGGGUUGGAGGCGGCUGAACGUGUAUGAAUACCCAGCUCUGUUCUGUACCGUUCUGUGAAGCUGGAACAGAAGAGGACCAUGGAAAAGCCAGGGGACAAGAACAAGAUGAAGCAUGUUGUGGACAGCGGGGUAAUGACAAGAUCAAAGGCGCGGUCGUCCGAUUUAAUGGUAUGUCAGUUUACAUGUUUUCAUAUCUCCAUCGUUGGCAGCUUAUUUUUCGUUAAAAACUAAAGAACGACGAUUGUUGUUGUACUA